GUAUCGAUGUUCCCGCGCUCUCCGCCCUCGGGUCACGUGGUGCGGCCGCAGGCAGCUGUAAUCGAGCGGGAGGAUCGGGCUCGGCCUCUCGCUCAGGCCUGAGAGCGGCAGCGGCGCCGAGCGGCUGACAUGGCGGAUAUUUUGAACCUGGAAAAGAAGUUAGCAGAAUACAAGUGCGAUACCAACAAGGCUAUUCGGCUAAAGUUAGUUCGCUUCGCUGAAGACCUGGAGGAUGAGACCACGAGCUUCAGUCCAUUAUACAGUCACCAAGUGUUUGGAGAUGAAGAAUCAGUAUUUGGCUACAAGGACCUUGAAAUCCAAUUGUACUACAGUACCUGCAGCCUCACUACAUUCUUCAAUAUCAAAUACUCCAGCAAAGUUAUAGAAAAAUAUGACAACGUAGAGGUUGAUAAUGUUGAAAGUAAAGUGUUAGAAUUUAUCCCAGCUGGUUACUGCAUCAACCUUGAUGAGUUUAUUGUGCAGCUGGAAAAAGACGCUUCCUUCAGACCAUUUGGAUUACUCAUUCACUCAUACACCGUGUAUGAUGAGAAGGAGGGACUGGAGUUAAACUAUGAGAUUUACAAGACUGAUAUUAGCUGUCCAGGAUUCAAAGAAUACCAUGAGAGGUUGCAGACCUUCCUCAUCUGGUUCAUUGAAACAGCGAGCUUCAUCGAUGUGGAUGAUGACAAAUGGCAGUUCUUCCUGGUAUUUGAGAAGUACCUUGAAGAUGGCUCACCACGCUAUGCAACAGUGGGUUAUAUGACUGUAUAUAAUUUCUAUGCAUACCCUGACAAAAUGAGACCCCGAAUAGGCCAAAUGCUGGUGCUGCCUCCAUUCCAGGGUGAAGGACAUGGUGCGCAGCUGUUGGAGACAGUCCAGAGGUUUUACACAGCAAACCCUUCCAUACUGGAUAUCACUGCUGAAGAACCAUCCGAGGAUUUUGUGAAAUUACGCGAUUUUGUUCUUGCCAAGCUCUGUCAGGAGCUCCAUGCCUUUGUACCUGAAAAACUCAAGAAAGGAUUCAGUGCAGAAAUGAUAGAAGAGGCCAGAAGAACCUGGAAAAUAAAUAAGCAUCACUCAAGACGAGUGUAUGAGAUUCUACGGCUGCGAGUGACCAACAUGAGUGAUUCAGUGCAGAGCAGCGAGUACCGGUUGGAUGUGAAACGCAGGCUUGCCAUUCCUUUUAAGAAAAAUAAAAAAGAAGCAACACGUCUUUCCCGUUUGAUGCCAGAAGAUUGGCUUGCACAACAAGCAGAGAUGAGUGUGAGCCAAGAGCAGGAAUACUUGGAGGAGACCUACCAGAGCACUGUGGAACAGUACCGACAUAUCCUGGAGCGCUUAGCACGUGUCUGAAUUCAUUUACAAAUCUUCCUCUUGCCUUGGCGCAGGAGUCUAGAUUAGUUGACCGUGGAUUGUAAUAUUGCUGCAUUGUAGUCUGUGGUCAAAAAACUCUUCUUAAUCACAAUAAGUGAAUGCAUUUCCAUUGAAAUUGGAGCACUUCAAUCAAUGUGAAGCCUUUCUCUGCUAUUGUGCACAGUUUGUUUAACAUCAGAUACCAAUACAAACAUGAACAUCUUUUUAAAAUGUGUAUAUAGAAGCACUGUACUAUAUUUUUUAAAGACAUUUGCUCGAUUUUACUUCUGGAAUCUCCAGCCAUAAUUAAUGACAAUUAAUGAUGUUGGUGGGAGGAUGAGGCCAAUAGACUCUGAAGAUGCUCACUUUAGCAGAGAAAGGCACUGUUCUGUCCACUGGCUAUGCUUCCUUUUGGCAUUGGAUAAAAGCAAAACAGAAACCCUUCAGUUUUAUCUGAUUGCUGAACUCUCAAGCUUCCAAAAUAAAUACAUCAGUUGGUCUUUGUUUUGUAUCACUAUUUACCUCUGGGAAAGAUAAAUAUACUAAAUGCUUUCUCUUCUCUUGAACAUCUGUAAACACCGUGGUAUCCUUACCGGGCAUUGCUGGUACAGUCAUCAGUUCUCUAUCGUAGAAUUUUAUCACCAACAGUGUGCAAAAUAAAAAAAAAUAUAUAAUUUCAACCUGGA